GAGCGCAAGUCAGUCGCCAUGACAGUAAGAAAAUAAACAACAUUACUGCCAAUACAAGUUCUUUUGAAGACAUCUACUAUUUGAAUGUCUAACGACAAAAUCAUAAAUUUGAAACAUUCUUCAAUAAUAUUUUUAUAUCCAAAAGAAAAAAACUGGUAAUCUCGGGUUUUAGAGUCACGACACAGGAAGACGACGUAUUUUUCGAUAUUGUAGGUUGGCAGCGCGCGCAUCGUGCUUGUUUGUGUAUGGUUGUUGUUGUUACUCCCAAGUGGCCGGUUGUCGAAAUCGAAAUCAAUGGUAACUUCACAUUUCACAGUAAACCAUUGAAACCAUUACUACCAUGAGUCAAAAUAAUAGACCACCGGCAAGGAAACGAAAACGUAGACCUCAGCAACCGGAUAAUGAUAAUGACAAUGAAGGAGGACCCUUAAACGUAGAAUUUUGUGAUGCGCCGUCCAUGAGUACGGAAGAGUUUGCAUCCUUAGAGGGCAUUGCUUCACUGGAAACCGUAGAAAACCCUUUGGGGUUAGAGAGCUAUAUUUCAACACAACAGCAUGACUUGACUACCCUUGAAAAUUUUGUGGAGUUUGAUACUGCUUUGAAUCUUAACAAGACAUCUGAAAUAGCUCCAGACAAUCUCAGCAGCUCCACUGCAUCAACCAGUCGAUUCUUAACUGCAAGGUGUGAUAUCCCUGCUGCCCCACCUGAUCAACAUUUUGAAGAAGUCUCGUCAGAAACACCUUCUGUUGAACAUGAGGUAUCUUUUCAAUCGUCAGUGACUACAAUUCAGAAGAACAAUCAAAUUGACAGUACGGCUUUACAUCAUCCUGAAGAGGAAUUUCUUGUUGUUCCUAUGAGUGAUUGUGUAUUAACAGGUCAUACUGAUCAUGCAAACCAUAUUUUAGAGAGCUUCCCACCUCUGAUUGUAGCCACGGAAGAUGAUGUCUCUUUAACUGAUUGCAUACCAGAACCUCCCUGGAUGUGUUCUGAUUCAGAAGAAGAAGCUCCUGAUGAAACACCAACUGUUGACUUUCAAAUCCUACUAGCUGAUGAAAAUCCUGUGUUUGAAGAGACAGUAGAGGAUGAGAGCCCAGCACAUCACCAUGAUCAGCCAUUGUUUCCUGGAUCAGCUAUCACCAUCAAAGAGAGUUUUAUAUCAAUUUUAUCUCUUGUGCAAUCCGAACAUAUGAGUGGGAAGGGUUUAGGUAGAUUAUUAAGUCUCAUUUCUCUGCAUAUGCCCCAACCUAACAACUUUUUCAAAAGUGAACAUUUAUUUUAUGAAAUGCUUGAUCAAAAUGAUGAACCGGUUCAUGUAUUUUAUUUUUGCAGUGUAUGCUAUAGGAGUUGUAGCUCUGACAAGGAUUUAUGUUCUGUGUGCACAGAUGAUACCAGAACCGUUCAAUAUUUUAUAUCCUUUCCUUUGGUUCCCCAACUUAAACGUAUUUGUGAACGGUCAAAUUUUGUACAUGAUAUUAAUUAUAAGAAUAGGAGGGGGAAACAAAAUCAGCACAACCAUGAAGAUAUUUAUGACGGCAAUCUUUACAAGCAGGCAGAAGAGAAAUUUGUUCCUGGAGCCACUAAUCUUACUUUAAUGUGGAACACAGAUGGCCUCCAAGUUUAUAAGUCUAGCUCUUUUUCUUUGUGGGCUUGGUAUUUUGUCAUUAAUGAGCUCCCACCCGAAAAACGUUUUCUAAGUGAAAACUUGAUACUGGGUGGGAUUUGGGGAAGUACUACAAAGCCCCACCCAAAUAUUUUUCUGCAACCCAUUUUCAAAGAUGUAAAGCUGAUUGAAGAAGGCAUAAAUGUUACUUUUUAUGGUGAUGAAUUCCAGAGCAAAGUUCACACUAGUGUCCUCUGUGGGACUGCUGAUGCGCCUGCCACAGCCAUGUUUCUAAAUUUGAAGCAUCCUUCUGGUUUUUAUUCCUGUCCGGUGUGUGAGUGUGUGGGCCUUAAUUCAGAUGCUACUGGGAAAGUAACAGUGUUUCCCUACCAUGAAAAUUGCCCACUGAGAACAAUGGAGAAGUAUGAGAACCAGGUAAAGUUUGCUGUUGACAAUAAGGUCAUCAUUAACACUGAUUCACAAAAUCGACCAGAAUGCUGUGGUGUCAAAGGCCCAACCUUGCUGUCUUACAUGGUACCUGAAAUGUUUUCUAGCAGUGCAGUAGAUACAAUGCAUUGCGUUUAUUUGGGUGUAAUGCGCCAACUGUUACACCUGUUUUGUGAUCGAGAUCAUAGAGAUGAACCGUAUUCCAUCUAUAGUAAAAUUAAGAUUCUUAAUAGUAAGCUGAAGUCAAUUAGAGUGCCUCAUUUUGUAGAGAGAAUUCCACAACUCAUUGAUAAACUGGUGUAUUGGAAAGCCUCUGAGUUGAGGACGUUUUUGUUUUAUCUGUGUCUCUGUGUACUUAAUGGUGUAUUAGAUGCAAAAUAUUUUGACCACUUGAUGUUAUUUGUUCAAGGAGUAGCCCUGUUAAAUUCCUCUAGUGUUAGUGAUUUUGAUUUAGUUAGAGCAAGGUUGCUUUUGGACAAAUUUGUUAAAGAUUUUCAGUCUCUCUUUGGAUUGAGAAACAUGUCCCAUAACGUCCAUAAGUGUCUCCAUUUACCUUUAGUUGUGGAAAAUUUGGCUCCAUUGCAUUUAGUUAACUGUUUCAAAUAUGAAGACAUGAAUGGUAGGAUUGCCAGAUUAGCUCAUGGGUCAAGACAUGCUGGACUCCAGAUUUAUUCCAAUCUAUCGAUGGUCACCCAACUACCACUGCUUAUUCAUAGCAUGAAAUCUGGACCUGCCAAAGAGUACUGUGUAAAGCUUUCCAAUAAGUGGAUGAGGCUAAAGCUAUCUGAAAAAAUUUCAAAUAGUGUUUAUUCGGUUGGAUGUCAUUCUCCUAUUAUGGAUAAUACUUCCUAUGUAAAAGAAGAUCUUGCUAAAAAUGGCUUCUUGUUGGAAUCGAAUGAUGUUACAGUUACAUUGUUCCAUCGUCUUUUGAAAAACAAGUUGUUGUAUGUUUCUAGUAGUUAUAAGCGGGGCCAACGCAUCUCUUCAUUUGUGCAGUACCACAAACACUCUGUAGUAAAAUAUGGAAAUUUGGAUGUGUUUGUUAAAGUUACUUGUAAGUGUUUGUUAAGUUGUAGCUGCCAAAAAAAAUUCCUUGCUAUUGUAAAACCCUAUGAAACUGCGGUAGCUUUUGAAAAUGAGUGUGUAACUGUCAACCACAUUAUGAAAUGUAAACCCUCUGGUGAGGAUAAUGAUGUUAUAGACAUAUCUGAGAUAGAAACCAUAAUGUAUCUGAUUCACAUCAAUGAAGAAUCUUAUAUUGCUAAACCUUUGAAUGAUUUUGAAAUGGAGUAAAAAUUUUCACCACCAAAACACCUUGGUUUUAUGAUUGUGUCGAUCUUCCCCUGCCAUCGUCAACACUUACACGAAGUUGAAUUCGCCCCUCCCGGACACCAAACAGCCCGCGCAGGCGAGUGACGUCAUGAGAUUGAUGACG